AUGAAGUCCUUCUCCGUCCUCACAGCCCUCGCCGGCCUCAUCGGCGCUGCCCAGGCUACUGUCCAGGGUUUCGAUAUCUCCCACUACCAGAGCAGCGUCAACUUUGCCGGCGCUUACUCUUCCGGUGCCCGCUUCGUCAUUAUCAAGGCCACCGAAGGAACCACAUACACCGACCCCAAGUUCUCCUCCCACUACACCGGCGCCACCUCCGCCGGCCUCAUCCGCGGCGGCUACCACUUUGCGCACCCGGACUCGUCCACCGGCGCCGCCCAGGCCGAUUACUUCCUCGCCCACGGCGGCGGCUGGUCCAACGACGGCAUCACUCUUCCGGGCAUGAUCGACCUGGAGUCUGUCUCGGGCAAGGCCACCUGCUUCGGCCUGUCGACCUCGGCCAUGGUCAGCUGGAUCAAGUCCUUCUCCGACCGCUACCACACCAAGACGGGCCGCUACCCCAUGAUCUACACCAACUACUCGUGGUGGAACCAGUGCACCGGCAACUCCAAGACGUUCGCGACCACGAACCCGCUCGUGUUGGCCAGAUGGUCGAGCACUAUCGGCACCCUGCCCGGCGGCUGGUCGGUUCACACUAUUUGGCAGAACGCGGAUACCUAUACCUAUGGUGGUGAUUCCGACGUGUUCAACGGCAGCUUGGACCGUCUUAAGGCUCUCGCCAAGGGCUCUGGUUAA